AAAUACACAUUCCAAUUUCAAAAUACACCUAACUUAACCAACAAUUUCAGCAACUACCCAAUCCAGCGACAACUCAGAACCCAAUGACCACUCAAAACCCAGCAAUCAUUCAGAACCCAAUGACCACCCAACCCCCAAAUCCUCCCUUCCCAGAAAUAUGUUCCCAAACUUCCCUCUACCAGCCUACUCCCCUCACUCCAAAAUUCGCUCAACUCCACCCAGCAGUCACCCCUCACGCUCUCUUCUCGAAGACCUAAUCUCUAAAACUGAAACUCGUUCCAGCCCCGAAGAGGUAUUCUCUGGUUCUUCUGAAGAAGUCAAGGUAGAGGACAUAGAAGCAGAGGUGGCACAGGGUAUAGAUGAGAGAGGACAGAUGGAGCAACAGAGGAGAUUUUUGAUGGAGGAGAUAAAAAAAUAAGAUGGUUUAUGUGGAGAAAUGUGAUUUUCAGUUUAAUAUGCCUUAUGAUUGGACAAAUUUGAAAAUAAAAGAGUUGCAAUCAUUAGACCGUAUCUUAGAGAAGAUACCAGAAGAACUUGAUAAAGAGUGUGAUGAAGAAGAGAACCUCAUAAUCUUCAUAAAAGAAGGCCCUUUCCUCGUCAAAAUCUUACACCCAACUUUCAACCCCCAAGUCGAAGACUGGAGGAUCAAAGCUACAUCCCAAACAAAGAUUCCCAUCGCAAACCUUGUUUCUAUUCCUCAUAACUCAACCACCUUUGCGCCUGCACAGAUCACUAAAGUAUUGAAAGGGCUGCGUACUAGCAUUAGCGAAAGUGAGGAUAGACCAAACUUCCGGAUAUAAAAUAUCCCACCUUCCACACACUUUAUCAAAUCCCUACACUCCUCCAAUCCCUUGCCUCCCAACAAGACCCCAACUCCUCCAUUCACUCUCCUAUCCCACUAGAACAAUCUGUUCCUUACCAUUCGAUCAUCUCCAGCUCCCAGCCAUACAAUUUCCCCUUAAACUACCUCAAGGAGGAACAAAGAGCUGCCUCUCAAGAACAAAUUAAAGAAAUUACUGAAAGGAAAUAUGGGGUUGUGAAGAAUUGGCACGGAGAGAUUGGAAGGGACCAAGAGGAAUGAGUAGAUCCCUUUCAAAUUAUUUUUGAGGGGUUUGACUUUUCAGAGGAUUAUGAGUGAUUUUUGGAGUUGGUGCAGAGGGUGGUGACGCAAGGGAUUAUGAGAGUUGAGUUUGAGAAGUGUGUGUUUCCGUGUUUUACUGAAGAGAGGGUGGAAGAGGUUGUGUUUGUGACUCCGGGUGAGCAAAUGAGGCCGCUUUAUGGAAUUAGCUUUGUUGGAUGUGUUUUUGGGGGAAUUUAUCAAGAAGAGAAAAAUUAUGAAUAUGACAAAGCUGAUCAAAUAGGCCUUCUGCUAAAUUGUCCAGGUUUACCAUCUCCAUUAAGAGAUCCAAAUGUAGAGCUACAAAUCGAGGGAGGGAUCUCUAGUAUUUCUUUCAAGAACAAUAAGUUCACUGACAUCGAAAUGGCAAAACUAAAGGUGUACCUAUGCUAUGCUGAAAAUCUUCUAAUUUUUGAAGAAGAUAAGAAAGAAAAAGAGGGAGAAGAGGGAGAAGAUGAAGAAGUAGAAGAAGAUGAAGAAAUAGAAGAAGAAAAUAAAAAAGCAGCCAAAGAAGAAUCAAAAGAAUAGC